AUGCUGCCUUCUAAUAAGAAAGACGGUGAUUCCUUUUCUGAUACCAAGUUCGAUGGCAUUACCAUGAAUGAAAACAAACCAAGUGAAAAAGUGUUGAAAUUAUUACGAAAGAACAAAAAUAUGAAAGAAUGGCGUAUGCAUCGUCAAGAGUUAACUGACGAAGAUGUGAAAUUCAUUGCAGAAGAAUUGAAAACAAAUAAAACCUGUGAAUCUAUCAAUUUGUCUACUAAUAACAUUACCCCAGAGGGUGCAGCACAUUUAGCUGGAAUGUUAAAAGUUAAUAAAACAUUAAAAUACCUUUGGCUUGCUUCUAAUCAAAUUGGUGAUAGAGGAACAGAAAUAUUGUGUACUGCACUGGAAUACGACGAUAACAAUACUUCUUAUUCAGUAGACUUAUCUUCUAAUCAAAUAACAGAUCAAAGUGUUGAUAGAAUAUUGAAGCUGUUUGGAAUGCAGAACACAAGAGUGAAGUUAUUUUUUAUCGAUGGCAAUCAAAUAUCAAAAGAAAAUAAAGAAAGAUUACGUGAAAUGGCUAAAGAAAGAAAUAUCAGUUUGGGUGACUUGUUUUAA